UAUCAACCUGCCAAUGAGAAUGAAGGGAAGGUUGGUCUGGGCUAAUUACGCCCCGCCCCGGCAGCUGGCUGCGCUGCCUCCCGUCGGUGGAGGAAGAAAAGAAUUGUUCUUGCAGACAAAGUUUGUUUUGGGAAUUCAUCCUAAUGCACUGGCGUAUUCCAUGACUACAUUAGGUGCUGGAAUGAUGAACGGUAUCUUUAACUUCUACUAUGUUAAGCUUUUCCUAAACCAACACAAGAUUUCAGAAGCAGCGUUUCAUCAAGCACAGGUUGUAUUUAUGAUAUGGAAUGCCAUUAAUGAUCCUCUUUUUGGGUAUAUGCAAGAUAACUCCACAUUCACAUGCUGCUCAAGACACAUCUCAAUCUUAUAUGGAGCUCCUUUAUACGCAUUAGCCUUUUUGCUUCCUUGGUUUCCUUGGAAACAUUAUGAAGAAGGGGACUGGCAAAGUGGUCUUCACUUCAUCAUUGCGUCAUGUUCUUUUGAUGGUUUGCUGACAUUUGUGCUUCGAGCGCAGUGUGCGCUCUUUGCAGAGAUUUCAACACGACAUGAAAGUAGGCUUCAGCUUAUUGAAUACAUCCAAGUAGCAACAUUACUUGGCUCAACAAGCAUUCUCUUUUGUGGUCUCAUAUCAAAUAAGAUUGAAAAUUUUGCCUGUUUUCAGGCUUUCGCUGUUUUGGUCGCAGCAUUAGCAACACCCUGUAUGUGUUACACAGGCAAAUACAGUACUAGGCAGUAUGAGCAGCGAGAAAUCUGUAUGGAGAAUGCUAAUCUGGAAAAUGGUGAUGGAACUCUCUCCUGGUCCUCAGUAAUUUCAUUGACCAAACAGAUAAUGACAGAAAUGAACUUUUUCCAAGUCUUCCACGUAGCCUUCUGCAACAAUUUUAUGGUGAUCUUUGCAGAUAAUCUUAUUCCUAAGGACGUCCUCUCUUCCUCAUUAAGAAGCAUCAUGUAUGGAGCAGGCUUUAUUUGUCCUCAGUGCCUUGUUCUUCUCAGUCGUGCUUCACUGAAGAAGUUUGGUUAUUACAGAAUCAUCAUGUUUUCCUUCUACUUUGAAGGAGUAGCUGCUGCUGUCAUGUUUAUUCUAGGGUCAGAACACUGUUAUCUGUUGGCAUUUUACCUCAUGACAAACAUGGUAAUUGUGCAAGCUUCAUUUAGUUUGUUCAAUUUGCCUUUGGCAGAUACUGUUGAUGCAGAUUUAAUAAAGCACAAGUGGAGAUCACCACUUUCCUCUAUGGUUUUUGACACCAAUGCUUUAUUUAUGAAGCCUGCCCAAUCUUUGGCUCCAAUGCUUGUGGUUACAAUACUAAAUCAAUUUGGAUAUGAGAACCUGAAUAAUGAAGUUGCUCAACCUGAUCCAAGCUUGUUUUUAGGUCUUCAUGAUGCCAUGUUCUAUUUGAUCUGUCUGGUUCCACUCUGCAUUGCAGUCAUCCAGAUCCUGGCGUGGGCUCCCUUUUCAAUCCAGAAUAGUCAUGUAACAGCUGUACACUAAAUUUGUAACAGUUGGUCAGUAAAUCAGACAGUAUGUUCUGAAUGUAAAAAAGCAAAAUUGCAUUAAAUGGACUAUUAGACCAAACACAGUUUGAGCCAUUUCAGUGAAGAUGCAUUCUUCAGCCUAUGAAGACUGUAACACAGAUCACAUUAAGCCUUACUGCUGAGCCUGCACAGAGAUUUUUCUAGUUCAGUUGUUUUUCUUUAAUGGGAUUUAUCCUUCAUUACUAGGUAAAGCCGUUUCUGGUAUAUACUGGUCACUGUUAACUCCUUUGAAGAAUGGAUAUCAGUUAAAGGAAUCCCAUCUCAGCACCUGGAAUUCAAGGGAACUGCAUUUUCUUCAGCUUCCUCAAAGAUGGCGGGUUAAUUCUGCCAUACUGAUAGAAUGGCAGAUCUCUGAAGUUUAUCUGGAAGAGCCUGGCGGAUACCCUUCAUGGAUGGCAAAGAGAUGAAGAGAAAAAUUUAGAUGGUGUGUAGCUGACGAGUAUCAAGGCAAAUCCGACAACUACCACGGGAAGAGCCAAGAGUAGUUAACUACCCCGUAAAAGUCUGUGUAAGGCUAAAGAAGAAAAAGAUGAAAAUGCUGUUCAGAAAAAGCUCCAUAUAGCUUCACUGGCUUUCCGAGUGUCUCUAGUUGUGGUAGGCAGAUGCAGUUUUCUGGGUUUAAAUGGGAAGAUUAUUUUGAAGGUACCAUAUUGUUAGUACUUCAUACAGAAUGUCAUUGUGGUAAGGAAAACAUUAGUGUGGGGAUAUAGUGGUGUUCAGUUAGCUGGACAACUCUAAGCAUAGGCAUACUGAGUCAAACUCUACCUGCUUAGUAGUGUGGCACUGGCAAACUCACUUGGUGUGCUGACAGUUGAAGUUAAUUAAUUUCUGAUUAAUUAUUGCUAGCAUCUUUUCAGUUACACUUUUAAAUGGAUCCUGUGAUUUUUAUAAAAGUCUAUUUUGACAGAAUUUCAGGAACAUUGAAUCCUCUUUUUUAUUUCACACAGAUUGUAAUGAUAAGUUGCUAUGUUUUUUCCUCCAGUAUAUCCAGCAUGUAAUUUUGUAAUGAUAUAUAGCUAACUAUAAAAUAAUAAUAUAAUUUUUGUUCUUUAUCUUGCCUAGGCAAACAAUUUUAGAAGCACCUUUCUUACAGAGUGCUAGUCACUUGAAAGUACAAGAUGCAUUGUACGUAUCCUGAUUUUGAAGCGCUGAGCCAGCUUAUUUCUAAGGCUUUACAUUUAUUGUGAUAGGCAACUUGAACAGAAAGGAGUGUAAGAGUGCAUUUUGGCAGACACCAGUAUAAUCUAAUGAAGAGGUCUGAGACUGGAAAUACCAGUGUUGAAAAAAAGUAUUUUGUGCCUUUGUUUUUACAUUUGCAGCGUAGAAACAAUGUUUAUCCUUGCCUUUUUUGAAGUGCAAAGUGCUUUCAAGGUGAUGAGUGAAAAAGUGGGAUAGCAUUUUUAAAUAUUUAGAUAUUCCGAAUGAACACUUUGAUAGGAAUAUGAAAAUUUACGUUAAAAUGUAAGAAGGCAGAAGUGUGCUGGCAUUUUAAGUUGCAUUAUCGUUUUUUUGUCUCUGUCUUGUCACAGAUACCAUUAUUCAUUUGCAUUGUACGUGCUAAUAGCAUUAUGUACACAUUUUAGCAUCACUUGUAUUUAUGAAUCUAAAGAAUAUUUACACAAAUACGAGAGCAGAUAGACAUA